CCGGUCCAUCCAGGGCAGGAUGGGUUCAGCAGGUGGGGCCCAGGGUCGGGCUGAUGCCCGGCUGGCCCCGUUCUUGGGGGGACGGGGGCGGGGGAGUCACAGCUCCUCUGGGAGCCCCGUGGCCCAUCCCAGGCAGACCCGGCCGCCCCCCAGGCCUGGCCCUGCGUGCACGGGCCCGGUCCUAGGCCGCGGUGCUGUUCUCGCAGCCGCCGCCGGCACCGGCAGCCCGGGCGCCCACUCCGGCAUGACCACGCGGGAGCUGCAGGAGUACUGGAGGGGCGAGAAGGGCGACCGCAAGCCCGUGAGGCUGAUCUUCGACAUCGCCUCGGCCCGCAUCGAGGAGGGGACGCCGUGCAGGUUUGUGAUGUACCAGGUGGUGGUCAUCCAGACGGGCAGCUACGACAGCACGAAGGCGGUGCUGGAGCGGCGCUACUCGGACUUCGAGGCGCUGCAGCGCGGCCUGCUGCGCGCCUUCCCGGAGGAGAUGGAGGACGUGGCCUUCCCCGGGAAGCGGCUGCUGGGCAACCUGGCGCCCGCGCUGAUCGCCGCGCGCUCGCGGGCGCUGGCCGAGUACCUGCGGCAGCUGGCGGGCCUGCGCUGCGCGCGCCGCUCGCGGGAGCUGCUGGACUUCCUGACGCGGCCCGAGCUGCGCGAGGCCUUCGGCUGCCUGCGCGCCGGCCAGUACGCGCGGGCGCUGGGCGCGCUGGGCCGCGCGGGGCCGCUGCAGGCGCGGCUGACGGCGCACCGGCCGGCCGCCGCCGCCCCCGCGCUCUGCGCCGCGCUGCUCUGCCUGCGCGAGCUCGAGCGCCCCCUGGAGGCCUUCGCGGCGGGCGAGCGCGCGCUGGCGCGGCUGCGGGACGGGCACCGCUACCUGGAGCCGCUGCUGGACGCCAUGGUGCGCCUGGCCCGCGCGCUGGGCCGGGACUGCGCGCCCCUGCAGCGGCGCCUGGAGGACUGCCAGCUGCGCAGGCCCGGCCCGCGGGGCCUCACGCUCAAGGAGCUGGCCGUGCGCGAGUACCUGGACUGAGCCGCUGCAAGCUGCAGGCCCGGGGUCCCCGGGGCUGUCCUUGGGGCGCCUCCUGGAUGCAACAGCCACGUGGGGCCGCUUAGAGUCCCCCAUUUCCCCAGCUGCGUCCAGCGGAGCCCCCGCCCCUGGCCCCCAACUUCUCCUCCUCCCCCCCUCUCCCUGUGUCCCUUAGAUGCCAGGCAC